CAACUGUCUACAACAUUAUGGUUGAGUUCUAAGCCACUGUUCAAUUCCAUCGUGUUUUUUUUACAUUCAGUAAAAAACCUGAUCACAGAUCAGUGAUCACCGAUUAGUGGCUUUGAACGGGUUUUCAUGAUCAUGACAGCUGAUGUCUCUUCUGCUUUUAUAUUUCUAAACAAAACUAGAACCCUAACCUAUUUCAUUUGUAAAAUCAAUUAAAAUGGAAAACCAUCAAGUGAUUGGAGUUGUUUUAAAUGCUUUGGAAGAUAAUAAUGUUAAUAAUAUUUUAAAUGUUAUUCCCGCAGUAUUGGACCUGGCUAUGCCUUUGCAACAGCCGAAUCUGUUUCAUAAUAUUAGAAGGAACAGACCUAGAAACGACAAUUAUUUUGAAGAAACUAUUCCUUUAUACAAUUUUGACAAUUUUAAAAGUCAUUUUCGUAUGUCUCCGCAAACAAUGGAGGUAUUUCAAGUAAGAUCUCAUGGAUUUCCUGGAAUAAUUGGUGUCAUGGAUUCAACACACAUCAAAAUUAAACAGCCAGUAGAUAAUGCACAUGAUUAUUACAAUAGAAACAAAUAUCAUUCAGUUAAUUUGUUAGCUGUUUGUGAUCAAAAUUGUAAAUUUAUCAAUGUAGCCACUGGCUUCCCUGGAAGACUACAUGAUGCAAGGGUAUUUAGAGUUAGUGAUCUAGGGCAAGCUCUUGCCAACGAUCAUCACCAGCUGGUGUUCUCAGAUGAACGCCACCUACUUGCCAAUUGUGCCUACCCUUUGUUGCCGUACAUUAUGACACCAUUUCAAGACAAUGGACACUUAGAUGACAUACAACAUAAUUACAACAGAAAAUUAUCAUCUGUUCGGUCAACAAUAGAACGCGCUUUUGGACGAUUGAAAGGUAAAUUCAGGAGAUUGAAUUUAUUAGAAUUGACUACUCCACGCUUGAUUACCACUACCAUCAUUGCAGCCUGUAUCCUUCACAACAUUGUUAUAGAAAAUGAUGGAUUAAGUGAUGACGAGUAUGAAAACGAUGAAGAUGAACAACCCAAUGUCCUUGAACAUCAACAUGAUCAUAUCCAGGCCAAUUUAAAAAGAAAUGCUAUUGCUCAGGCAUUACCUUAAGCAUAUGAAGGAAGAGUUAAUUGUGAAGGAAGAGUUUUGUUUGGAUUUGUGUUUGGAAAUUUUUGUUUAAAAAGAUAGAAUAUUAUGUAAGGAAAUAAUAAUAAAUACCGUACAUUUUCUCAGUGUUGAAUUUCAUUAAAUUGUAUACUGUAAUAAUGAAAGGCACCUCUAUUGUAAUGGAGCCUUCACCAUAAUUUAAAAAAUAUAUAAUUAGCUAUUAUUAAAAACUAUCUUAUAUUAUUUGAAGUGCACUUUCAUUCAAUGACAGUAUUAAUACUUACUUGGAAUAAUACUGCUAUUAAACAAGUUUGGCCACUAAAUAAUAUAGCUUAAUGUUUUCUAAAAUUUGGAAAAGUGGAUGAUCCACCAGUUCCCAGAUGGGAAUAUUGUAAGAUUGUGAGUUGCAAAGCAUUUGAUGGUAAAGCAAAAAUUAGCUUUAAAUUUUCAAUAAAACAAUGGAAAUUUAUUGAAAAAAUGAAGAAAAACAUUUUAAUUAAGACGAAACUUUUAUUUGAAUCGAAACUUGAUAUUAUUAUGCAUGUAUAAUGAUGUUUUAAAGUUGAUAAGAAGGUGUCAUAAGAUGUAUCUGGAUUAUUAUCUAGAGUCUGAGCCCAUGCUCGCUUAGAAGAUCGCAGUAGUCAUUCAAUUGAUGAUGUGGCCGAAUUUAUCAUAAUAUUCACUGUAAACAAUCCGGUUACCUAUUCAAUUACUUGUUUCAAAAUUACAUCAUUAGACAGAAAUUCCAAUUAAUAUUUCUCAAACUAAGACUUUAUCACAAUGAUUCAUAAUUAAUAUUUGAACAAGAAUUUGCUAACUCACUCUACAAUUUAGGGCCUUGGUGAAUUUAUCUGGUCAAACUAUUCGAGCUAUUUUCCAUACUUCAUGCUUUUUAAAAGUUACAAUUAUAAAGUUUAAUCUUCUCUAAUACCAAGUGGGACAAUUAAAUGCGAUUUUUCACAUGUUUUAUAAUUUUUUCACGAAGACAAGUCUGUCAACCAGGAUAGCUUUUAGAGAAAGUCUUUACUGUCGAAUGGGGGAAAAAUAUUUGCAUAAUUUUGAAACCGGAAUUGAGAUGAAAUAAUUAUUUUAGAAAUUGUUAUU